AGGAAGACGGGAUGUAUGUAGUCAUGAUAUGCUCGAAAUGUCAUUCCAUUCGAGAAUCUGAAUGCACACGUGAGACCGACCGUCUUCAAAUUGAUCGGGAAGGCCCGUCGACCAACCAACGACGACGACCCAAGAUUCGCUGUAGCUUUCGGGUUGCAAUCAAAUGGCACCUAAUACGAAUUCUGCAGAAGGACUCGAAAAUGGUUCAUCUCUUCAGUCUAUCCGUUACAAACGCGGUUCACUUCAGUUACUCGAUCAGAGAAAGCUUCCUCUUGAAACUACUUACAUGGAUAUCCGAAAUUCAGUGGAUGGAUGGGGCGCAAUAAGGGAUAUGGUGGUCCGUGGGGCCCCUGCAAUUGCUGUAGCUGGUGCACUCUCUCUGGCUGUUGAAGUGUCUAACAUGGAAACUUUCAAUGGGACCUCUGAAGAUGCAGCAUCUUAUCUCGCCAAUGCAUUAGAAUAUCUUGUAUCAAGCCGGCCGACUGCUGUUAAUCUUUCUGAUGCUGCUAUAAAACUUAAAGAAGUCAUAUCUAAGGCAGCUUCCACUUCUUCAGAAGCAAGUGUAGUUUUCCAGGCCUACAUUGAAGCCGCUGAGCAAAUGCUUAAGGAUGAUGUUACUUCCAAUAAAGCAAUCGGGUCUUAUGGAGCUAUUUUUCUUCAGCACCAGCUGGAAGACUCCAAGAGGCUGUCUAUUCUGACACAUUGCAACACCGGCAGUCUUGCUACAGCUGGAUAUGGGACUGCUCUUGGAGUAAUUCGUGAACUUCAUGCUGAAGGAGUUUUAGAGAGGGCAUAUUGCACAGAAACACGUCCAUUCAAUCAAGGAUCGAGAUUGACAGCUUUUGAGUUGGUGCAUGAUAAUAUCCCGGCAACACUUAUCACUGAUUCAGCUGCAGCUGCACUAAUGAAAGCUGGACGCAUAAAUGCUAUCAUUGUUGGAGCAGAUCGUGUGGCUGCAAAUGGCGAUACUGCUAAUAAGAUAGGAACAUACAGCCUUGCUGUGCUGGCAAUUCAUCACCGUAUUCCAUUCUAUGUUGCUGCUCCACUGACUUCCAUCGAUUUAGCCCUUUCUUCUGGGCAAGAAAUUGUCAUAGAAGAAAGGUCUGCUAAGGAAUUGCUGCAUUCACGUGGAGGGCUUGGAGAACAAGUUGCCGCUUCUGGAAUCUCUGUCUGGAACCCAGCGUUCGAUGUUACCCCCGCUUAUAUGAUCAGUGGUAUCGUCACGGAAAAGGGUGUCGUUACAAAGAAAGGGAGUGACACAUUUGACAUCAAAGGUUUUGUACAAAAGGCAAUUGACAACUCAUAAGAGAAGAGGCAUCUUCAUUUGGGGGCGGUCUGCCUACUUUGAUUGAAAGAAUUCUUCUCCUUUGGAAGUACUUUGGUAUGGUUAGGGGGGACGUUUAGUUGAUCUGCGCUAAGGUUUUGUGCUCAUUAAACUUAACAAACGUAAACGGAAAUAUAAUUGUACUUCUUGGAACAAGGCUCUCAGUUGAGAACUUGUGCCUGUUUAUAUGAUCUCUGAGUAUUUGAUUAGCUACUGAUU